GCGGAAGUACGUUCGAGGUAUUUAGCUGCGAAAACAAAACAGGCAGGAACUGCGGCUGAGGGGGUGGCCGCGCUGUGAUGGACGAGCUGGUGCACGACCUGGCGUCUGCGCUGGAGCAGACCUCGGAGCAGACCAAGCUGGAGGAGCUGUGGGAGGAGAUGGUGCUGAGCCCCCUGCAGCAGAGGCGGCAGAUCCGCCGGCGGCGUGGCCGGAAGCGGCGCUGCGACUCCUCCCACUCCCUGGAGCACGCGCGCUGCUUCAGCGAGGCCUCCGAGUCCAGCCUGGACGAGGCCGCCAAGGACUGCCGCGAGAGCGCCAGCGCCAACGCCAACGCCGCCAACUUCAGCGACUCCGACGACAUGAUCGUGGCCAAGAGGCGGCCCUCCUUCUCCUCCUCCCUGAAGAGCAAGCAGCACUCCUGGCCCGAGUCGGACUCCUUCACCGAGAACACGCCAGGGCGGCCCCUGAGGAGGCGGCGCAAGGUCAAGCGCAUGACCUCGGACGUGACGGUCAGCCUCCAGGAGAAGCUCAAGGUGUCCGAGCUGGACAGCGAGAGGGCGGGCAGCCACAAGCUGGCCAAAAAGCAGCGCCUCUCGAAGGUGAAGAAGAGUGCCUGCCCCUGGGCUGGGGGCUCCGAGCCGGUGGGCAGCAGUGGGCUCGUCCACCAGGAAGGCUGGAAGGAGAAGAUGAUGUUUGAGUCUGAGGAGCAGAAGGAAGCCUCUGAUGAAAACAUGUCCGAAUGUGAAACCAGCAGUGUAUGUAGCAGUGACCCUGGCCUUUUUACUAAUGAUGAAGGGAGACAAGGAGACGAUGAACAGAGCGACUGGUUUUUCGAAGGCGAGUGUGGCCCUGGGAUCGGGGUGCCUGGUUUCCUUCCUGGCUGGGAGACUGACUCUCAGCCAGAGCUCGAGACCCUGGAAUGUGGCCUGGAGAAGCUCUCCUCCCCAACGUUUCUGCAGCCUGCCCGGCCUGCACAGAGAGGUUAUCACGCCCGUUUAAACCGUCUGCCAGGAGUGGCUGCUCGCUGCAUCCGAAAGGGAAGGAGGAGACUCCUGGGAAAGGAUAGCAGUGUGGCUUCCAUGACCAUGGAGAGAAUGAGCCAUUUUUCGCAAGAUCCUUACCAGAAAGAUUUUUGGUUGCCAUCUAUUGGAAAAAGAGACUGGCAUCAGUUCAACCCCUUGUCUCCACUCUAUCCGGUGGAUGUGGUUUCUGAAGGUUCACACAGGAGAUGCUCUUCUUCACUGUGUAAAACCAGACAGACAAGUGUGCACUUGGGAUUACUUUGUACUGGAGACAUCAAGAGAAGGAGAAAGACUACUGCUGUGCCCAGUUCAGCAGCAGCGUGCAUACCAUUCCAUGAGGAUACUCUGGGAGAGGUGAUAGAGGGCUCUCAGAGUGACACCCGUUCCUUAGGCAAGGGGUCGACAGGGGGAGGAGGACCUGUGGUACCCGAGAAGCAGGAUUUCAUCAAGCCAGAGAGCUUCUUUGACUCGCAGAAGGAGCAGGAAGAAGACUGAAACUAAUACUCCAGUUCUCGGACAUUUUCUGAAGGCGCGCUGGAACAGAAGAAGACGAGCAGGCGAUUGUUCCAGAGACGCAAGGAGGGAAGGGUAGACAAUCGCAGCAAGCAGGGAGAUGCAUGGUAACGCAUGGAAAGGUUGAAAAAGAGUGGCGGGUGCUUCAAUGUCUCCUCUUCUGAAGGCGAGACUGUUUUUGUUUAACAUGCACGCAUAAAAUAUUGGCAAAACCAUAUUCAUAGGCAAUUCAGAAACACGUUAUUUAUGCAGAUAUGUCUUGUCCAAACGUUUCUGUCAACAUUGAUACAAUUGAAUGGUAAUCAUGUUCUAGUCAGUCGGUAGUUUGUUGGUUUGCCUGACUUAAGUAUGCUACUACUGUACUUGUUAUGCAUGACAAUGCCAAGCGUUGUGACAAGAAUUUUGGAACAAGAUUUAUUCAGUGAUUUAGGGAUUGUUGUGCUGUUUCCAGGACCAAAAGAUUCUGAUUCGGUUGUGCUUCUGUUGUUAACUUGAUCACAAUUUCCAAUCUUGGUUCAACCAGAACUUCUACUGGAUUACAAUUCCAGAGGAGACACUGGACCACAUGAUACUGUAUGCAUAUCUUUUUUGACAGUUAUGCAUUUCCCGUGCUUUAGAAUGCAUUUGGAAAGCAGGGAAAGAGUUGUUUUGUUGUUACCUAGAGAAUGAAAUUUGGUCGGAUUUUGCAGUUUUUGCUAAGCCGCGCGCCUCAUUUGGCAAAAAUGAGGAAACGGGGAUUCAUCAAUCUACUAACGCAGUUACUAAACAAAUAUAUCCAAGUUAUGACUUUAUUUUAGAAGAACUUUCAAUGGAGACAAUUGCCUUUGUAAAUGUUUACCAUCUUAUUUCCUUUUUAAGAGAUGAACAUCUGGACGUCUUUUGAUUUCACAGUUCCUUGCAUUAAUUCCCAAAUCCACCCCACCAAUCUGGUUAAAAUGUAAGUUUCCCAUUUUACAAGCUAAGAGGAAGCAGAGUUUCCUGCCAAGUUUAGUAUGCAGGAAUCUUGCCUUGUUAAUUAACAGUCACGGUUGUGUGAUGACUCUAUUGGCUCAGCACCACCUGCAUAUUCAGAGGAUGGAUUUCCAAUUGCCAGAGUUGUGCAGGAAGUUGGAGAGUGUCACAUGGGUGCAGUCAAUUGCCCUGUUACAGUUAAGAAAUCCAGCAGCCUGAUAAAGCUCAUAUUUUAUCCCGUGUAAGGAUUACCUGUCAGGGGCAGAAGAGAUGUAUUGAUCUGUUUUCCUUUUUAGAGCAGCAAUCACCUGACAAAGGCACCUAGAAGUGCGUGACUGAGUGAUGCCCACACCAUAACCCACAGCGUAGGUGCUUCAAAUGACCCAGAGACAAUGAAAGAUAAUGUAGUCAUAAACUCAGCAUGAACUUGUGUGAGCCUUGCCUCCACCAUUUUUUGAAUAGUAUUGGUUUGUUCGGUCAGAGGUCACCGAAAAGAGUGUUUUUUUCUUUUAAUUGAACAGUGUACUUGGAUAACAAUAGAACAAAGUGCUCGAAACACUUUUCCUGUGAUCAACUUUUUCUGUUGUUGUGCAGCUGUACAGAAAAAAAAGAAUGUAUCUGUGAAAAAGUCCUAUUGAAUGCCGUCCUUUUUAAAAACAGAUUUUUUUCAGGAAGAUGGUUUUACCUUUUGAUCUAUGAUAAAAGAACAUGUCGUAAUAAAAUAUUAUUGUACAAUAUAAGUAAAAGCAAAGAAAAAUUUCAAUGUCCUAUUUCAGUGCUAAUAUUUGUUAUCAUAAUGAACUUUUUAUAUAUGUAUCCUUGCUGACAAAUGCUUAAAAAUCCACUGCAAACAAAUUAUGUGUUACUCACUAUAUGCAGCUAUAUCAGCCAUCUAUGUACUAGUGACCAAAGUCUUUACAGUAUGUUUAUCUCAGCGAUAACAUAUUGAUUGUAGUUUGAAAUGGUGUACGACUUUCCUUUUGCUUUUAAUUGAACUUGGCAGUUUCUGUAAACAAAACCCUUAUUGUGUGUCAUUUAAAAAAGAUGAAUGAAGUUAGGGUCUGCCCUUGCUGGUCAUUCGGUUAUUUAUGAAUUUUAAAAUGGAGGUGCUAAUAUAACAAUGUGAACUUAUUAAACUUCUAGACAAAUUGAACCACCUUUAACUUGUUCUACAGAGAAAACACAGUUGUGUGUGAUGAAAUGGAGGAAGGUGUGGUGCUCCACAGUCUUUUCAACUAUAAAACAGAGUCCAUUCAGUAUUAAAUGUAAAUCUUAAGUAUUUCAUCCCCAUUAUAAUUCAUCAGUGAUAAAUUAAGUAUUAAACUGGAAUCCUGGCUGUAUUAUUCUGUAGUAAAAUCAAAAACAGAUUGUGCUACACAGACUACCAAGUACUUAGUCAAGGGUGGUGAAUAAGUCUGCUGUUUAAUACUUUGUUAGAGCCAGAGCUGAUAUCAGGGUUCAAGGGCAGCUAUUCUAUGCAGUACAAAAUUAGCAAAAUCAUAUCUUGUUAGUUAUCUUUGUAACUUUAGUAAAGAAAGCAUGCAUAAUUACUAUGGUGACUUAAGCUAUUAAAAGAAUGUCUCCUGCCUGGAAUGCUUGCAGUUCAUAGUAAUCAGUGUUAAAUAUGCAGUAGUACAGUGUUAGCUUGAGUAGAGAACCUGUUAAUGUUUUCUAGGUAUAUGCUAGAAUACAGUCACUUACAGACUUGAUAACAAUGUACAGUAAAUUAUCGUAUAACCCUGAUAUAGGCUAAAUAAAAAACAAACAAUUAUGAUAGAAUCCAUCUUUUUACUUUGGUUAAGUUUAAAAGAGAUUACAAAGACAAACAAAAUAGACAACAAAAGAUUUUUUUAAAAAAAGAAUACAGAAAAGGAAAAGGUCUAGAUUCGAUUAUCUUAUUGUACUGGAACUUUUAAUUGACUAUUUUCUUACCAAAUUAGCAUAUCUUCAGAGUUACUAGUUUAACAGUACUUCAUAGUACCCAGAGUGUUGUGCCUGUAGAAUUUUAACACUAAAACUCCCAUUUGUAUCUCUAGAAUAUUUAUGGAAUUGUAUUACUUUUGUUUUUGAAUGUUAAUGUGUGUCCUGGAUUAGCUGAAACGGAUUGUUGCAUAAAAAGCAUUCCAUCAUCCCUGACAUGUGGGUAUACCUGUUGUAUAGUAAUAAAUGUACAGUAGGUAUGAAAUAUGAGUCUUUGUACAAGAUCUAUCAAGGAUAUUUGCCAUAAUAAUUAAUUUGGAAACGGAUCAAUAAAAAAUACUAAAAGGAAAAAAAUUAAAAAUCGGUAAGCAUGAACAACCCAAUAGAUGUUUAUACUGUAGUUAGAACCUAUGGUCUUCAUUUAAAAAAUAAAUAAUGAAUUAACCCCAAAUAAUGAAUUAACUGUUUUUAAAACAGUGUACAUCUUGGAAAUACCUUGAUAAAUAUGUCCCCUUCCCUUUAAAGUGGCCACAUGAAAUCUUAGGUUAUAAAAAAGCUUUUAUGAACGAUGAUUUUGAAAAUAAAAGUUUAUGUAUGUUCUGCAAGACUGCUAUUAUUGCAAGUUAUUAGCUGGUCUGCAAAUGUCCCCUGAAUCACUGUAUAAAAAAGUUUCAUCAAGUUUUUGGACUCCUCAGCAAAAACUGACUAGACCGUGACUUUUAAAUAUAUUUUUUUUAAAGUUUAAUUCUUUUAAAAACCUUCUGACUGGAAGAAGACUAUUUUGUAGAAACCUUGCAGUUAAUAUAUUGUAUAAUGGAUGAAAUGUAGAAAAUAUGUAAUCUUUCCUUUACUUAUUAUACAAAAAAGGAAGCUGAUGAAACCACUUACAAAAUACCUGAGGCAGAACAUUCCAUCCACACUGCUGAAAACUCAAUAACAUAAUGCCUGGUAAAUAUCCUGGUAUUGUACAGGUGAUUUUUAAUUGGAUCUCAUGCUUUUGAAAUACUACAGUGAACUGGUUUCACAGAUCCAAAAUUUCUUGGCUCAAAGGGCAUACGUAAUAUUUAUAUGUACUGUACAUUUACUGUUAGUAUUUUGUCAGCUGAGAAUAGAAAAGGGCCACCUGUUCCUGUUCCCUGCAGAUUGAAGUUUUCUGUGGCCUUGUUCACUCACAGCGUGCUGAUACUGUGCAAGUUGGAUUUCAACAAAACACUCAGAUGGGAGAAGUAUAGGAUCAUAGGAUAGCAAAUUCCUUUUACUAUCUUCAUAAACAUAUCCACUCCGACUGUGGAAAACAAAUCAUUUUUAAAGAGUUUUGUUUUUCACAUUUUUUAAAUACUGUAUGCUUGAUAUUUGCUCUUAAUCUGUGGGUUUUAAAAGUUGUAUUUUACUUAUGAAGUCAUGAGUUCCCUAUCUGGGGGAAAAAGUAAAAACAGUGCAAAGAUGUAUGAUGUCAAUAAACAUUUUGAU